GUCCGAAUCCUUCAAAGGUCUGCGCCUCCGCAUCCCGUUCCUCCUUCCUACGUCCAGCAAGCAAGACGUAUCCCUGCGCUGCAGGCGCUCACGCAGAGGCUGGCACUGAACACGGCUUUGAUUUCGGGCAACAAGGGAACACUAUGUCGCAGGACCCGACGCGGUCACCAACGUCCGAGUCGCGCGCGCGCCGCGCAUCCGCGGUUGCCAAGCUCAAGCGCGCCGCCUCAUUACCUCGCAUGAAGGACGGACGCCGCCCACCGAUGCACACCGAGGCCCAGAGCGAGGGAGAGAAGGCGUCCACGGACAGCGGCUCUGGCACGCCAGAGAUCAGCGGCACCACUCCGGAGCCACUGGCCCCGCAGGCUACGUACGACGAGCCCCCAGCUCCGGCGCUGGUACCUGAACCUGAACCUGAACCGACGCCUACGCAAACCCCGGUGACAGAGACAAUGCAGGAGUCAGGAAUGGGUGAUGUGGAAGGAGAGGCAGAGGAAGGACCAGCUACCCCGUCCGAUCGCCCUCGCUCGCGCAAUAGGAAGCGGAACCGGUCACGCUCCCGCGGACGGGGCUCGAAGGAGUUCAGGAAAGCCAAGUCGCCGACUCCAUCGCAAAUGCUCGCGGGGGACUCGUCACAAGAUGAAGAGAUGCCUCCCCCUCCGCCACAACCGCUGCCGCCUCUCGGCAUGCCCAUGCUCAUCUCCCCUAUCCCUCAGACGCUAGACGCACGGACGCGCUUCCUUCGUACUCCCACUCCCGAUCCCUCACUGUUCCCAAUGGCACAGACACAGUCACCUACUCCGAUGCUGCCAUCACUUGAGCUGCUCCAGCGAGGCAUGCUGUUCAGGUCGAACAGUGCCGGUGCGGGGCGUAGACUGGCGAUGGCGAAGCUUACCGGUGGGACGGAGACGUACGACCCGACGCCGUCUCCAGCGCCUCCAGGGACGAUGCCAAAACUUAGUCGAAGCCAGACCGUCUCGGGAGGGGAGCGGGUUGCAGCAAGGCAGUUCAUGCUCACCGCGAUCGGGCAGCGUACGAGACGGGGGGAUAACGAGGCUGAGCAACCAAGCGCAGCCGAAGAGCUAUCUGCCCCCUCGCCAUCACCGUCGCCCUCACCUUCUGCUAAACGACGCAGACGGCGAUCCAGGCAGGCUCAGCGUAUCUCCCAGCAGCAGCAGGCAGCGGCGAUGGCUGCUGCAGGUCAUCAGACCACAUCAGACUCUGAAUUCAUGUCGACGACGCCAAACACGCCCGUUCAGCCCCCUACGCCUCUGCAGCCCGAUCUCGACAGGCUUCAGGACCUCCGUGCGCGAUCGACAACGCCGAGCUUCAUGACGAGCCCCCUUAUGCGCACGCUCUCACGCGAACAGCAGCGGCCAGAAACUCCGCCGACUACCCAACAACAGGAUCGCUUUACGACGCCGAAGAAGAGGAGAGGCUCCAUCCUCAUCGAAGAUGAUUACGAGGCCCAAGAACAAACGCUUCCGCCCAUGCCCACACGUCCGCCUCCUGGCUUCCGAGUGCCUUUCUCUUCGGACGCGCCUUCCCAGAUAUCUGUGGAGUCUGGCGCGCCAGGGUCGAUUGGUGUGCCUGUGUUUCUUAGCAGCCAGAGGAGCCUCGCGAAGCCCGACGAGUUUCCAAGCAGUCCGUUCGCUACACCAUUGCGCGAAAGGGCUUUGCUACAAGACGAGCACGAUGAAGAUGAGGAGGAAAAGGUUCUCUACAACAACUCGUAUCCUUCGUACGAAGACCGUGAGAUCAGCUGGGUAGCAGACCCUGUGCCCGAAGUGCAUGACGAGGAUGAGGAGGAGCCCAGCGAAGGAGAGGACGCGGAUGCGGAUGGAUAUGAGGACGACGCCCAAGCCCAGUCCGAAGUCGCCUCGACAUCCAACCGGGAUCAGGAGGAGUCUUCGCGACCGUCGUCGGAUCAUGGUCUGGGGUCGGAAACCUCGCACGACUUGCUCACGAGCUUUCCCAACCCGCCUUCCCCCGCCUCCAACCGAGCUCUCUCCCAUGUUCGUGUCAGCAGUGGCUCGUCGAUGUCGCCGUCUGCAGGAGCUACGCGUCCUUCGGUGGUUUCUCCUCUUGACGAGGUCCUAUCGCGCAGGCAGAGCGGGUUCCAUGAUACAGAGCGUACCCUGUCGAACGACUCAUCCUUGUCGAAACGUGAGGGCGGCUCGACGAGCACUUGGGACAAGAUCAAGAACUCGCUAUCGAGGUCGAACUCCAGCUCUGGCCGCCGCUCGAGGUCGAACAGUGUUCUCAAUCGCGAGCGCCGCGAGCAUACCGACUCCAGCGUCAGCAGGGAAAGCGGAGCGAGCAUCACGGGCCCCGUAGGUCUGAUGCAGUCCCCCUCCGCCUCUGGGUCGUACCAAUCUCUCGUGCCUCACCUGCCUGGUCACGCCUCGCCUAUGCCUCCGCCUUCCGGCGACCUCUCGCACUACAACGAUGCAAAGCUCUUCCCAUUUCCGGGUAUGAAGAUGCUCGAGGAGCAGCGGCGUGCGAAGGAGGGCUUCUCUGCGUCAGCCUCGACGCCGGAUUUCUCUGGCAUGGGUGGCAAGACGGACGACGAACACAGUCCUCGCUCCCCAAUCCUCCAGGGCUUCUUCACGGGCAGCGGCAGAGAACGCAAGCUGUCGCACCAGGCUUCGGACACGCGGCUUCUAGCGAAGUACAAUGGGGCCGCUCCGCCUAUGUCAGCGGCGCCGUCGUCCUCGUCGCAUGAUUAUCCACAGUCUCCCCCCACUCCGUCAGGAUCCAGCAAGCUGCCAACCAACCUGCCUGCCGUCAGGCAAUGGAUCAGCAAGAACCUGAAGAAGAAAGCCUCGUCGCCCCAGAUGGGCCACUCUAUCUCCACGGCAUCGAUAUCUCUUCCCAUCAUCGCACCUCCCAUGCACUCGAAGAAGCCUUCGUUGUCGGAAUUGCUGCAGCUUCCCAAGGAAGACAGUCCGGGCAGCGAGUGGUCGGAUGUAGGGGGGCCGGUGUUGCCUGUGCAGACGCCGCCUCAGCAGGCGCGGGCGCUGGAGGUGAGGGAUGGGUCAGCGUCGAACUCGGAUCAGACGGAUACGGAGAAGACACCUCGCGCGAAGAAAGUCGCACCUGUUCUGGAGACGGACGAGUCGUCCACGACAUCGUAUGAAGCCCCGCGUCCAUCGCCUCCGGAACACCCUGCUACAGUGACUCCCGACCCGACCUCGUCGCUUGGGCCUGGAUCGUCUCUCAGUGACUACCCAGCGCAGUCAACGUCGACGUCCUCGUCUAACUCAUCGGGCUCUUCUUCUAGCGCCUACAUGCCAAGCGUGAAGUCGCAAGGACCCGUCAUUCUCGAGAAACUCGAGGAGAGCUUGAGUCGAGGUUCGCGCGGCCCGAUGUGGGCCGGUGUCCUCGAGGAACCCACGCGCAAGCUUCUGCUCUCUUCGCCAGUACUGCAGGUCGUGGAUUCGAAUACGGUGAAGGACAGGUUCCUGUUCUUGUUCACCGACAUCCUCGUCAUUGCCAAGCCGGUCAUCCAGGAUUCGGACAACAUGCUCGAGCCGACGUGGGCCCUGAUAGCGCCUGACAAGAAGUUCAUCGUCAAGAGCGUUGUGCGCCUCCGCGAUCUCAGGUUCAACGACGAACGCUCGGACAUGCAGUCCAAGGGGCUCUCGGCGACUGCUGUUCCGAGGAGUCCAGCGAUGCGCACAUUCGUGCAUCAGUUCGCGCGCGACCCUGACAUGGCGAUCUCGACUCUGUUGACGAAGGCGGGUACGACCGGUGACGCGGUUGCUGUAGGCCAGUUGCUGUUCCGUACUCUCGAGCUCGAUAGGGUGAGGCUGGGCGAAUACCUCGCGCAGCGUACGUCGAAGGUCGUGCUCAAGACGUUCGUCGAUACCUUCGGCUUUGCGGGCAUGCGCAUUGACAAGGCUCUUCGCGCCUUCCUGAUGUCGAUUCACGCGCCGACUCGAUCUGCAUUGGAUACCCUCCUGGAUGCCUUUGCCAGUCGGUGGUACGUGGCGAAUGCCGGGAUCGUGGCAUAUGAUCGGGAUCUGGCUGUUCGUUUCGUGCGCGCUAUUGUUCAGCUGAACGAGCUUGUGCAUGGAGGUGUCGCGACGGAGCCCGGGCCUACUGGCUACAUGCUCAAUCAGAUAUCGUCCCGCGACUUCAUCUCAGCUUUCCGAAGGUUCGACCCUCGAUACCUCGUUGCAGACGACCUUCUGGACGAUGUAUACCGGGAUAUCUGCAGUGAGCGCCUGGCCAUGGCGCGCGAUCCAUCGUCAGGUGGACUCCCCGACAUCCCGGUCACCAUCAAGCGACCAGUGCCCAUGCGCCUUACCUACAAGAUCCAGUCCGAGCCCAUCAUCUUCCGCAUCCCGCAGCCGGACAACCAGUUCUCAAUUCACCUUUCGGGCCAGGGGCUCACCUUCGACCCGGAGAUAUUAUAUUUCGCCCGCUCGCCUGAGGCGUCGUUCCGUGUGACGGGUACCGCGCUUGGGCCGACAACACUCGUGCUGGAGCGCAGGGGCUCGAAUGCGCUGCGGUAUACCGGGCUUCCCCUCAGCUGUGGCAUGCGCGUCGAGCGUGCCUUCAUGCGCAACACCUUCCAGGUGGCGUUCCGUGAUCGCGGUGGCGCGAAGAGGCGGUACAUGUUCAGCGUCGACGACCACCUCUUGCGGCAUCAAUGGGCGACGUACCUUCCGCGGCAGAUCCGCACGUGUGCUGGGGAUUCGGAAGCGGUUAUUCCUCGUGGCGCCUUCCAUCGCGCGGCGGAGAAUGUCGCCCUCGCGGUCCUGCAGGAGACGCUCAUUGGUUCGGGCAAGGCGCCACAGACCGCCUCUACCCCGGCGACGCACGCGAGAAGCAAGUCGCGGAGCAAGGUGUACCAUCGCCAUGGCGCGGGGCGUAACGAGCUGGAGCUGGGCGCGGAGGAGAGCGACGAGAGCUCCGGGCGGGAAGGGCGGUUGUGGUCCGGGCGCGAGCUGGAGACGCUGUGCUUGCAGAACAGCUCGGUCACCCUCGUGCUUUCGUACCUGCAAGUAGGCGCGCUGGAGUCGAAGCCCGUGCCGUUGUGAAAGAACAUGCACUCUCAUCUGUUUUCAUCUGCACCAAUUUCUCUCAUCUGAGUUUCUGACUGUCCAUGAUCUAACUGCCCCUCGCUUACGCACUGCCCUACUACUACCUACCAUUUACCUACCCAUCACCUAUCUAGCUUCCUACCAUCGGAACCGAAUCGAUCGCUAUGUAUGUAUAGAGAUUCUUGCUUUGUAACUUUAUAUGCGCGCAUCGUUUACCUAGUCUGAAUUUGCUGUCUCUCUUUCCGUCUCAGUCUCAAUGGACACAUCCUACCAGUAGCGGCUCGGAAUGUAGCGGAUUCCUUACUUACCUGGUUCGCAUAAUGAAUUGAUACGCUCGCAUACUCGA